UGUUUUAUUGAUUUUAAUGUUAGUAGUUUACCUAAGAGUUUAAAUUUGUUUUCAGUUUAUGGCAAUAGGUAGUGUUAGCCCCUAUUACAUACAAUGUACUAAUAUCAAGACGCCAGCAGCUUCCAGUCGCGAUUAAAAUAAGUGUCAUUGGAAAAUAAACCUUAUUGUACGCUCACAAUAAUAUGGGUUCAAUUGAAAAUCCUCUGCUGAAUAUCACUCCAGCAAUAGUGAAGAAUGUGAGGAAGCUGUACGGUUUAGAUGACCAGAAGAGGUUGGAUGAAGCCAUCAAGAUUUUGGAAGAUUGGGUUCAGAAGCAGCCACAUAUCAUCAAGAAGGAUUUUAGCAAACGGUUUUUAGAGACGGCUAUCGUAUCAUGCAAGGGGUCUGUGGAAAAGGCGAAGAAACAAAUCGAUACUUUAUGCACUAUGAAAACUAUGGCGCCGAGAUUCUUUGUAAAAUGCAACUUGAAAACUGAACUACAAAACAUUUUGGAAAAAGUAUGGGUCAUUCCUCUUCCGCAAACGUCAGAAGAUCACUGCAGAGUGGUUUUAAUCAAAACUUUCGAUAACAAUCUCACGCCGGAAGAAAUCCUACAGUUUUUUCAAUACGUUUUAAUUCUAGCUGACUACGUUCGGGCGAACGACUACGUCGACGGCUUCAUUAUAAUAGUUGACUACCGUGACGUAAAUAUCUUCAACCUCAUUACAAGACUGACUACUCCCGAUGUCCACCCCUUCCUCAAUAUUUUGAUUAAAGGUUACGGUGGAAGAAUGAAGAAUAUGCAUUUAAUAACUGAAUCAAAGGCUGUGGACAUUGUAGUCACGACUGUUAAGCAAUUCAUAAGUGAGAAGCUCGGUAAAAGAAUUCUAGUGCACAAGAACUUAGAAGAGUUAUAUGAAGUAGUGCCCAGAGAUCUGCUACCAGAAGAGUAUGGGGGGAAACUAAAGUCUUAUCACAAAAUGCAAGCUGAAUUAGUGGAUGAAGUGUCUUCUGAGAAACACAUAGAGUACUUGAAGAUGAUGUCCAAAGCCUGCACGGAUGAGACCAAACGAAACACGGAAAAAUUCAACGAAGAAUACAUGGGAAUGCCUGGCUCGUUCAGGAAUUUAACUGUAGACUAAGAUUAGAUUGGAGUAGUUUUAAUGGAGUUAUAGAAUUAGAAUUAUUUUACGGUUAUCCUAUUAGUAUUUAAGGCCAACAAAGCAAGCAAUUAGAAGAUGAUGUGAUAGAAAUUGGAUAAAUAGCUUAAAGUCAAAGACAUAAUAUUCUAAAGAAAAAAGAAAUAAGAAAACACACUGAGUUAUCCUAAAACAUCAUAAAUUAGGGGCAAAACCAGUAUUUCAGUUUUCUGUGGGCAGAACGAAGGCCUUAUUUAAGCCAGAAAUAUAUAUAGGGACAAAUAUCCUGCGAAACGUUUCGUCAGCGACGUUGGGUGAAGUUGCGCAACGUUGCCGGCCUCUUUGGUCGACAGUGGGUCGAUAUGUCUGGCAACAUCGCGCGACAUGGGCUUCAAAGUGCAUCGCGUCUUCUAAUGUCGCUGCUGACAUGAGUCACACGUAGUCGUGUAUUAUCAGAAGGAGUUUCUUGAGGUCACACGAUUAAUUCAUCUGACGUCGCAGCAUAAGUUGCGCGUUGUCUCUAUAUAUGUCAGGUGAAAUCGGUUGGUAUUGCUUGACAUGUCAACGAUACAUAUAGGGAGACAUUUGUCCUCGGUGAAUCCGACAAAGCGCCACUUAUGUCCACAGUAACGUUGAUGUUGCAAGACAGUGUUUGUGUGGGAGAGCCAUGCUUCGGCACGAAUGGGCCGACUCAACCAGAGUGAUACCACGGCCUCACAGAAAACUGACGUGAAACGUUUUCUUGUGUGAGUGAGGUUACCAGAGGCUCCAUUACCCGCCUUUCCAAUCUUCCCAAUCCCCGAUUCCCCAACAACCCUUUAAUUCCUAACCCCCAAAAGGCCGGUAACGCACUUGUAACGCCUCUGGUGUAUCAAUUGUCUAUAGGCGAUGGUAAUUGCUUACCAUCAAGAGAUCCAGGGGCCCGUUUACCGGCUUAUUUCAUAAAAAAAAUGUCAACCAGAGCUCGGCAACAUCGCACUCCUUUACCCAACUGGCUACACAAUAUGUCGCAGGACAUUUUUCUGGUGUAACUUUGACUUUAUACAACGUACAUAACUUGAGUGACUCAUCGAUUUAUUGUAUACUAGCGACCCGCCCCAGCUUCGCAUGGGUGCAAUAGUGAUAUAUUAUGCAUGUAUUAUACAUAUAAACUUUCCUCUUAAAUCACUCUAUGUAUUAAAAAAACCGCAUCAAAAUCCGUUGCGUAGUUUUUAAGAUUUAAGGAGUAAGUAGUCAACUCGGACCACAUACCUACGGCCCAUUUGGGACGAGUUGGGGAAAUUAAAUAUAAAUUAAAUUUGUAGUGGUCAACUCGUCCCACGUUUUUUUUUGUAUGGAUUUUUAAACUUUUUCAAUGUUUGGUACAGUUAGCAACACAAGAUUAAAAAUAUUUUUUUUCUUUACUUUCGUUUUGUUCAUAGAUUAUUUCGUAUUAAAAAAUCCUGACGAAGUAAGAACCUCCUUUUUUUAGUGUCGGUUAAAUAAUUUAUUACCUAAAUUAUUUUUUGCAAUCGCACAAAUUCAUGUGAUAACCAAAAUUACUAAGAAUAGUAAACAUGUGUGGCUUAAACAAUGGUCAUGGCGGUCACUUAUGAAGUAAAUGAUAACAAAGAUAGAAUUAAGUUCCUAGAAAAUCUUCUGUUUUCAACAAAGUAAUAGAAAUUUAUUAUUUCCACACUAACCCUUUUGCUACUGACUGUACUUUAUCUCAUUGUAAUAGUGACGUGGGACGAGUUGACCACUAAAAAUAUUAUUUUAUUUUAUUUUCUGCAACUCGUCCCAAAUGGGCCGUAGGCAUGUGGUCCGAGUUGACUACUUACUCGAUUUAAGGCUUACAAAGGGAAAUAGGGACAGAGAAAGCAACUUUGUUUUAUACUAAGUAGUGAUGUAAAUGUUAUUAUUGUAUCUGUCUCAGCAAAUUUUGAAAUUAAAAUAACAAGUGAAUAACUGAAUCGAAUGUAACCUAGUUUAUGUUUUUUGCUGAUUUAUUAUAAUUCUUAAAUGCAUAAUUAUGUAGUAAUAAAUAAUAGUGCAAUCUAAUCUUGUUUAAAAUAAAUGGUAGUUUUUAUCAAUUCAGUUUUA